GUGAUGCACGUGCGUGGUCACUUCAUCCGUGUGUCGGAGCCCGGCAGCCCCGUGGACGGUCAGUGCGUGUUCAUGGCCACCUGCUCGCCCCUGAUCACCCCCGAGCUGAAGGAGAACCUGGUGCAGAACAACACCAUGGUGUUUAAGACGGUGCACCAGCUGGACAUGACUGUCAUGGAGGUCACUAAAACUGCUGAGUUUCACCUGGGCCGGUCAAGCGAAGAACUGACCAAACAGUCGUGGUACGCCAUGCUGCACCCGGAAGACAUCCACGAGGCUAAAGAGAAACACGUGCAGUUGAUUCGCUCCAACCAUGAGAUGGGUUCUAUGAUGACAGUCCGCAUGCUGCGUGGCGACGGGACACCAUUCUGGGUCAACAUCGUGAUGCACGUGCGCCAAGCGUCACUGUCACAGAGUGACGAGCCCUUGAUUGUGUGCGUCAACCAAGUCAUCGAUGGCCAAGAAGCCUACCAGAUCAAAGUACAGAGUCACAUGUUCUCCAUGUACCCGAGCCGGGCGCACGAGCUGUGGAGCUCCCAGCUCUCCUCGGUCACCUCCAGCCCAGACAUGGCCAUGGGUCACUGGGUCCAACAGAACGGGUCAGCGUCCGUCCCCGUCCCAGGCUACCAGGCCUCCAUGCCGGGCUGCAUGACCCCCCACGGCCGCCCGUCCAUCUACCACGUCCAGUGCCCGCCCGGGAUGACCAUGAGCCAGGGGAAUAAGUCUGUGGUUGGCCUCCCUUCCCCAACCUUCAACGCCGCCUCCGCGAUGGUGCAGUCGGACCGGCUCAAGGCCAUGCUCAAGAGGAAGAUUCAGGGGCCGCAAUCGGCCUCCUGCCGGCCCAACAAGAUGGCCAAGACGAGCUGGAGCAUGGAUGACUGCAGCAGAGGUCAGGGGUAUAGCGAUGUGAACAGCCGGAACGUUCCCCUGAUGGAGCACUACGGACAAGUUCCCAUGGCGAUGUGCCUUGAGGGUCAAGGUCAAUCUAUGCAAGUGCUGCAGCCCAGCAAUUACAGAAUGGGUGUACUGACUGCCAGGAAGUCUCCGGAGGUUCUGGCCUGUCAAGCAAUGGUGGCCCCGUCACUGUCAAAAGUGGGAGGACACAUGUCUGCCUCGGAGCAAGUUGUUCCAGACGUGAACGUGCCCGAUUCUUUCCUGACUCCAGAUCCAUCACCCAUUUCGUCCCCACAACCUUCGUCUAACGUCUCGAUCAAGACUGAGGUGAUGGAUCCCGAGGAAGCGGCAGCUCAGAACAAGAACUCCACCUCCAUCCUACAGGCUCUGGAGAAGCUGGCGGCGCUCACGCAAGAUGCCAAGAAGACGGAGAAGGUGGCGGCUGUGCCGUCGCCCCCUCGCGCCAGUCUGACACAGAGCGCUAGGCCCGACACAACCAGUGUGUCACAGAGGAGGAAGGAGCUCCCCAUCUUCGAUGCCUUUGAAAUUGAAACGUUUUUCGACACUCUGGACAUCCCAGAGCUCAAGCCAAAGGCGUCGGCCAAGAUGGAGAUCAAGACGGAGAUCAAGCAAGAGUUCCCGACGGAGAAGAUGUGUCCGGGGAACAUCCCCAACAUCCUGGCCCUGAAGGAAGAACAGUGUACUGUGCCUGUCUACAAAGCCUCAUCAAGCCCUCAACAUGGUUCACCAGCAGCAGCUGCAGCCGCGACCACUGGUACUGGGAGUGAGAGCAGGUUCCAAAGCCCGUUCCCGUUCCAGUCUCCUUGCGAGAUGAUUGUUCCUGGAGAGAUGACUGGUGGCCACAGCAGCCAAGCGGCGGUGAGGAGUCCGGUGAUCAGCAGCAGCCCCAGCCCCGGCAGCCCGUCAAGUGACCUUCACGGGAGCCAGGGAUCGAUGGCCGGCUCUCCCCAGUCCUCCGUGGCCUCACCAGAAGGAAGCUUUCAGGACCUGCUCAGCUGCUUUUCAGACGAUGGCCUUGACCUUUCCCCAUUACAGAUGGACCCACGAAGCAACAUCCUUGACUCGUCGGUCAGCGAAGACCUACUGGACGACCCUGCGGAGACCAGCUUCCUCAGCGCCUUCUACACCAACACCAGCCCCGACUUUGACAAGAGCAGCAACCGUGGCGGGCAGAAGCUGGGGAGCCCAGGCCUGCCGGAAGAACUCAGCCCUCACUCCACUUCCUCUCUGCUGGCUGGGGAGGAGGAGGAGGCGAUGGGCGAGGGUUCGGACUUCACCCUGGCCAUGGCCCUGGAGAGUUUGGGCUCGGACGAUGAAGCUUGUGCCACUAGCCUCAAAGCCCGGGAUGUUCUCGGCAUGUCUGAUGAGCUCAAGCAGCUGGACCUCCUGCUGGGUGCCUUCUGAGGGUCUUCUCCGCACAGUCAAACACAGCCAGUAGGCUUCUUCCUUUUGGUGUAACGCGCGCGCGUGUCACUGUCGCACUAGUUUGUGUAACAGGCGCGCGUCGCUGUCACACUUGUCCCACCCACACUGUAUGGCAUAUUGUCAUGUGUAUCUUAUGACCCGGCUGCUGGACGGCUGGAGCUGCUGACACGUCCGCAGCGCGCUGACCCCCCGUGACAUCAGUCGCUGACAUGCGCACCGCUGGUUCGGGCCUCGUCGGCGCUGACUGUCACAACGCGCGCUGCGCCGCGUCGCACGUCAUAAAGCUGCGGGCAGCCAGGAGAGAGAUGAUGUGUGCAGCGUAUUCGCCCGGUCUCGUAUGCCGCAUCCUCAUCAUCGCCAUCGUCGUCGAAAUACUACAAGAAGGCGGGGAAAUCUAUGUUUUUAAUCGAAAAGUUUUCCUUUGUAAAGCCUUGUUCUGUACCCAAUGUAGAGUAGGUUUCCUAGACAGAUAUUGUUCUCUAUUCCGGAAUGUUCUUUAGCGUAAGUGGCUCUUGUCUGCCGUGGGCUGAUAUAUAUAUAUAUAUAUAUAUAUAUGUGUGUAUAUAUAUAUAUUCGCCUGGUGUAGCCCACGGUGCUGUGUCCUUUCUCGGACCGUGAGCCGCUUGCACUAAAGCAACACUCCGACUUUGAUACCUGCUGGAGAAGUAGAACGACAUUUACAGGGACGAUCGGAGCUCGGCGCUGAUGCCGCUGAGGCUCUUAGUGGAACCUUUGACUUUUUCUGUUGUCCGGACUGACUGCAAGAACUUUGCUUGAAAGCUGCAGAGCCAAGCAACUGGUACAACUGUUCCUCCAGUUGUGUGUUCACCGUGUCCUCUGUCAAACUGUGAAACGGAUCCAAGUAAUUCAUUCUAUUGUUGAUAUGAUGCAUAAUAUCGCCCUGAUUCAUUUUAUCUGGUGUUCAUUCUGUUAAUAAGGUUCAUGAGAUCACUUACAGGUAUACUAGGAAGUCAUCAUCAUUAUGUUUAGUAUUGAAAAAUGUGUUGUUCAUCAAAUCACUUUCAGAUUUUUAAUGAGAAGUCCUCAUUAUUUGGCAUUGAGAAUAAUUUUGUUAUUCAUUAAAUCGCUUUCAGAUGUCGUGCUUACUGAAUGUAGAGCUAGCCAGAAAGCCAGAGGUUUUUGUUCUAUACUCGCAAAAGUUCCCCCACCCCCACCCCCACCCCACCUGCUUUGGUCAUCAACCUUUGAGUGUGUCUGUUUCAAAGUUCCACUCAACUGUUACUGAUUUCAGUUGCUGCUGGUUUGAGGUUUUAAAGUUUGCAUCAAAAUGCUUGUGUAGGCUCACUCAAAAGUUAGCCCUUGAUUUGUUGCUCUUAGAAGGCCAGGAGGUCAAUGUUUGUUCCGCUGGAAAGUUUGGCCCGUAGCUGCGCAGAAACAUGGCUGGGGUAUAUUUUUUGCGUUUGUGUACUUUGAAGUGCUUGGAUUUUUUGUUCAUUAUUUUUGUGUAGGUCAUCUCGUUUUUAACGGUGACCAGAAAUAGCAAUUCAUUGCAUUGUAGCCUAUCUGUCACUGGUUGGCGAUGGCUUUGCCGCUUUUAAAAUAUUUUUUGGUGUUCAUAGCCAUAUAUAUUGUUUUGUAGCUUAUCCGUCAUCAGUUGAUGAUAGCAUUGCCAGUUUUCUUCAUUUUUUAUUGUUCAUAGCUAUUGAUUGCUUCAUAGCUUAUCUGUCACAAGUUGAGGAUAACUUUGCCUGUUUUUUUAAUUCAUUUGUUGUGUUUAUUAUAGCUUUUGAUGGCAGCAUAGCUUAUCCGUCACUGGUUGAGGAUAACUGCCAGUUUAUUCAUUUUAUUGUAUUGUUCUUAGCCAUUCAUUCAUUGUUUCAUAGGCUUAUCCAUUACAGGCUGAAGAUAGCUUUCCCAGUUUUCUUCUUCUUUUUUUUUUGUUCGUACUCAUUGAUUGCAUUGUAGCUUAUCCGUCACUGGUUGAGGAUAGCUGUACCCAUUUUUGUUUGAAUUAUUUUUUUUUUCCAUUUUGUUUUGUUUGUGUUUACAUUUGCGCUGUGCUGGGAUGUUUUGUGCGGUGUAGGUGAUGUCCAUCCAUCAGGGCUGCCGGUCAGUCUCUGACUCUGUGUGGUCACUUCCACUACAUCUGCACAAUGUGCUCAUCCCAAGCCACUAGUUACUUGCACGCUUACAUACAUAGAUUCUUGUCGCAGAAUUGUUCCCGAUAUUUCCUGGGUGUUGAGAGAAUUGCCUUUGUCUCGUGAUGUUGCCAUACCAUAGCCUUGUUUGUCGUCUGUCCUGGGACUGGCUUCCCCCCCCCCUUUCCCUAAGUAUUAUAUGUAUUUUGACUGUUUGUUUUACCCAACGCUGGUUGUUGGGUGGGAAACAAAGUAAUGUCGUUACACGCGCCGUAGGCACGCUGGACGCGCUGGGCGUGUAGUUAAAGUACGCAUAAUUCGCCUGUUGCUGUUGUUGUUGCUGUUGCUGUAGUUUUACCGUAGUUCGCCAUCACGUGCAUUGCUCUGACUGUGUCUUCACAUUCCACAUAUAUAAUACUACUAGACGUACUGUACCUUCUUCUCCCGUAACUCUGAAUUGGCAGUGCUGGUUUUGACCCUAUUCGUUCUCUUCUAGGUUUUAGCUUGGGUCUCGGAAAGCAGAUACAUAACAAUGUCUGGAGGUUGAAAGUGGGGACAAUUGAGUGCCUGGCGCACUCAAAAGUCUGGCAUCGAUGAUAAAGACAUUUGCUUGUAGUUAGGCUUUCACGCUGGAGUGCACGUGCCUUGAUUUGUAUUCCUAAUCGAGUCGGAAAUGUUACAGGUUCUAUUUCCUGAUUGCUAUUUAUUCAGAAUCGAGCCAAAAAUGUUAAAAGUUUAUUUCCUGAUUGCUAAGAUUUUAAAGUACAACGCCUUUUUCUCUCCCCUAUUCUAUUGAAAUUUCUCUUUAUGAAUGAAAAACUUGUUUUAUAGAAAAACAUAACAUGGAACUGUUACAUCUUACUUUCACUGAUGCCUUCAUACGCUCUGUUGAAUUCCUGUAUCUAUCAGUGUGAUCUAGCAUAAUUUGUUUAGUGGUCCAUAUCCGCUAUGAAAUUGUCUGAAGACACCUAGAGGUAUUUGGAGUAUAUCCAGCAGUCCACAUGCAACACAUGCUGGCGUGUGUUCAAAGAAUAGGGGACUGUGUUAUAUUCUCAAUACAUUUUAUAGUUGAUAUGGAUUCCCUGUGACGUCAGUGUCCACUUGUUUUUUGUUUUAAAUUUAUUUUGUUUUGUUAGCAUAAUCACGGUUACUGAUUACCUUCUAUUUAAAGUCUAGAAUCACUUCACCGUAACCAUUUAUUAAAAUAUAAUGAAUAUAUUAUACUAUCUUUCUAACUUCUAAGACCUUGCCUCUUUCUUUUCAAAGAGAAGUGCUCCAAAUUUUCUUCUUUUUUUUUUCCUCUCAAAUUUCUGUCUGGGCCUUUUGUCUUCUCCCUAAUUAUCAUCAUCAUCAUUGCCAUCAUCGAGAUCAUGGCUUGUUUUAAUCCUCAGUCUGUUGGUAGCAUCUGUCCUUAACGUUAGUCCUCAUUCGAUGUGAUGACUGUUUGUGUAUAACAAGAAGACUUUGUCUGUCUGUCAACUUUAUUGGAAACUUCUGACUUGUCUCACAGUGGCUGGUCCGCUGAGACUUGUCUUGUUUCGUUUUUUUUUCCCUUUGGUUUUUCUACAAUAAAAGAAGUUCUUAAACGGAA